GUACUUUUUAACGAUGGCGAGACCCACCGAGCCAGGUUCAAGUCUGGUGCAUCAUGGCGUCCUUGGACCACGGACAACGGCCGACGAGCUGUGGGCUGAGCCUCAUGCCAAGACUUAAGAUCGUGUUGCGGUGCACUGCUUCAUACGAGCAAGGCAAAGUAAGAGCCUUAAAAGUCCACGCAUCCUUCUUCCUCAGCGCAGCUCUCCUGCUUCCUGAUGUCCGAGUAAAUUACUACGACAUUGCGAGGCAAUAGUCUCCUUUCGACCGACGCCUGAACACCCAGCUAUCCCUGGAUUAAGUCUUUAAGUCUCCAGCACACUUCGAUGGCGACUGGCGAUGUUUUCCGUGGCGCUUCCCGGUGGGUGCUCAGGCACGCAUGGGAGCUUGGGGUAGUGUUGCGCGGCGUGUCGGCCAUCUGUUGUCUGCUCAUCCACGUCUCUAUCGCCCGCGUGGCGAUUGCCGCGAUAUCGGCUGGGCCGAGCAUCGAGUCGCUCAUCCUUCCGCUUGUUCUUUUGGGCUUCGUGGCAUUGCUGUCGCUCCCUUGGAACGGUAUCGAGACCACGACCGUAUUGUUACGCCAUGGAAUAGGAAUGCCGGCUAGUGUAGCCAUUACCUCGGAUGUCUUGCUCUGCAUGUGCUAUACGGCUGUCUCUGCAGCGAUUGCCACACACGUCUUGACAAACGCGUCGGAAUGGUACUUCUUCUCAAAUGGCACAGACUAUACGGAUUCUGUUGCGCCACGGUUCAACCAAAUGGCUCUUGCCCUUGCCAUCACGGAAGCCGCGCUUCAUCUCUUUCUGGUCGCGGUAACAUGUUGCGGAAUCCACAACCGGAAGAAGGAGAGGCGGUUCAUCGAAAAGUAGCCAUCCCAGAUUUCGCUCACGCUCGGCCUUUGGCUCGGUAGCUACCAGAAAGAACAGCGAAUCCAUGGUCCUGCCCGGGUCAAAUAUAAGAUUCCGCUGCUAUGGCGCGAGAUGCUUGGCUGGUGCUUGAUUUCGAUUGCUAUUAGGGAAAGCAUUAGAAGGUCCGUAGCUAUAGUACGUAAUGGAGGUAGCAAAAGAGCCCUAAUAAGGCUUUUGGGAGAGCCAGAAAUUGCAUCCAUGAUUAAAUUUCCCGCC